AUUACCAUCAUACAUAUUCUUAACUCAAUCUCUCUCCUUAUCUUCACUUCUUUGAAAAACAAUAGAAGCUAUUCAAGAAAGCUAUUUAUAAAAUCAAAGAAUUUACUUUUUUGAGCUUAUUCAUAUCAAAAUGGCUGGUUUUUCAAGAAAUGUACUUUCUUCUUCUUCAAUAGUAGCUGUUCUUUUCUUCCUCCUCUUGAGCUUCUCAGAAGCCAGAGAUCAUUUGGUUGGUGGCAAAACUGAUUCUUGGAAAAUCCCAUCUUCUGAAUCAGAUUCUCUCAAUCGAUGGGCUGAAAAAUCUCGCUUCCUCAUUGGAGAUUCUCUUGUGUGGAAGUAUGAUGGGAAAACAGACUCGGUUUUACAAGUGAGCAAGAGAGAUUAUGUAACUUGCAACACUUCAAGUCCAAUAGCAGUGCACAAUGAUGGGAAUACAAAGAUAGAGCUAACACAUUCAGGAGCUUACUAUUUUAUUAGUGGAGCAAAAGGGCAUUGUGAGCAAGGCCAAAAAUUGAUAGUGGUGACCUUAUCUGAGAACAACAUGAGGAGAUUCAUGGGUGCACCUGCACCUUCUCCAACAGAAUUUGAUGGUCCAGCUAUGGCUCCUACUAGUAAUUCUGCUACAUUGAAGGCUGGUUUAAUUAUGGCUUUUGGGGUUUUAAUUGGGUUCUUGUUUUGAAGUGAGGGAUAUUCUCAUUGAUUAUUUAUUUAUUUAUUUAUUGGUAAUGAAAUUUUAGAUGAGAGGGAGAGGAUGAGAGGUGGUGGCUUUCUUGGUCAUUCUUCUUAAAUAUUCUUUGAUUCAAUUUGUUCUUUAGCUUUAAUUAGGCAGUCUAAGCUUUAUUUGGAAGCAAAAUGAAAAACUUUAUUAUAUUAUUAGUAGAUGUUAUUCUCUCUGUACCAAUUUCUUUUA